GGCACUCACAAAAAAUGUAUGACAGGCAAAAGUAAAAUAAAUAUAGUCACAAAUAUCAGAAUUUUCAAUCGAAUCAAGUUGAGAAUAUUUCGAAAAAUGACGAACAAAAAUAAGAAAAGCAGCGCCGGCAUUGGGGGCAUUGGGUGCCCUGCGGCCCCCUCGAAACAGGCCAGCCAGCAGUCCAAGGACUCCCAGGACUAUAGUUCUUUCAAAACAGUGCUCUUCUACUGCAUGCUGACCGUGUGCCUGCCUGUGGUCACAUUCUUUCUGUUGAGGGUCGUCGUUCUGGAUGGCUUCUUCGAGAUGAGCAAGCUGAAGGUUGACAUUUUCUCGUCGGUCGGCGCCGUGGUGUCCCUACACAUGGCACUGGGACUGUACAUCUACCGUGCCACCUGUGAGGUCCCCGGCUUGAAGGCAUCGAAGUUGGACUAAGCUUCACCAAGGACUGCUUACCAUUUCCAUACCAUAUCUUUUGUCUAGUGUUUGGCGUCUAUAAUUGUGCAUUAAACAACAUCGAGUAUCUUCGAGAAAAUAUAUUAAAUAUAUUAAAUUAA